GAACUUUCGAGAUUGUGGUUGGAUAAUGUUACGACGAUGGCGAUUUCGUUCAUUCCCGUGGACGACGACAGCACGAGUGGUGGAAUUACGCUCGAGGAGGAUAAUUUGGUGAAGAUGGAGGCGGGAAGGUAUCGAUUUCGGGCGAAAUUUGAUUAUCCUCAAUUGGAGCAAUUGGAUGGGAGUCAGGUGUUGAAUGAAAACGCCCAAAGUCUUCUUCUGGAACAAGAAGGAGGAGAAGAUGCGGAAAAGGUGAAAUCUCUCACGUUUUUGUCGUAUUCGAAUAAAUUGUUGGCGGGAGCGUGGCGGUUCUUGACGUACUUUGGCCGCGACUCCAUGAUUGCCACGCUGUUACUUGCACCCGUCUUGUCUGAAGGCCAAGGGGGCGCCAUCGAGGCUGUCAUCGGAUCGGUUCUCGAACGACUCAAUCAGACUUCGGGUGUGGUGUGUCAUGAAGAGACGAUUGGCGACUAUGCGACAUUCUUGAGCAUUCAGCAGACGGGCAUGGCGAGCACUGCUCCGGGAUGUAACUACGUGAUGGUCGACACGGACUACUAUCUGAUGCCUCUCUUGGAGAGGUACUUUCUCCAAUCCACCGUGGGCCAGCAAAGGACGUCAGAUUUUCUGAACACAGUUUCCACUCUCGACUUCGGUAACGCCGGCUUAACGUACGGAGAGCUCGCCCUGAUCAACGCCAAAACGAUCAUGACCAAUACCGCUUCUUUUGCCAGCGAUGGCGGACAAAUCAAAGAGAAUCUCAUCCAUCUCCGCGACGAUGUUCCCGUGGGAGAAUGGCGCGACAGCAACACUGGCAUCGGUAGUGGUCGCAUCCCCUACGACAUCAACACCGCCCUCGUCCCUGCUGCCCUGCGAUCCAUCUCCGCCCUUUCUGCCGCGGGCUGGUUUCCCGAUUAUCCUGAAUGGGCCGAUCUCGCAGCGCAGUACGCUCAAGUAUGGGAAGAUGACACCUUGGCAUUAUUCGAAGUCGUUAUUCCUUUUGCUGAAGCCAAAAACCUCGUGGAAGACUAUACCAACGCCGCUGGAAUGGGCUUCGCUUCGAGAUCUGAUCUGAUCCAGGGUGAUAUUGUAUUUCACGGCUUGGCUCUGGACGGGGGCAAUGAUCAAUCCAUCGUCAGAGUCAUGAAUACGGACGACUGUUUCCGUCUCUUCCUACUCAACACAACCAAUCAAGCCCAACUGACGGCCUUUGUCAACCAGACUGCAACAAACAUUCGAUCCCCGUUUCCCGUAGGUCUGCUCACGCCAGUCUCACUCGUCGUAGCCAACCCAGCAUACGGAGGAGAUCCCGUCUACGCCGCGAACUUCACCAACAGCGCAUACCACGGGACUGUCGUCUGGUCGUGGCAACUCAGCAUGAUGGCCGCUGGCCUUCAACGACAACUGGAGCGAUGCAUCACAAGUGAUGGUGCGAUAGUACCAGACUUUUGCAGCGAUGAAGUCGUGUACAAUAAUGUACGUGGUGCAAAUAACGAUCUGUGGGACAAUCUCGAAGCGAAUUCGGAACAUUUGAGCUCGGAAGUCUGGAGUUGGACAAUCAGUCCCGAGGGAGAGUUUGUGUUUGCGCCGUUGGGUGCACUUGCGCAGACGGAAAGUGAUAUUCGACAGUUGUGGUCGUUGACAUUUCUUGCUGUUCGGAGGGAUGACCGUUUUCGAUAGGGACUUGGCCCCCUUGACUGCUGCUGUUCAUUAUGCGCCGAAUGGGCUAGAAAUGCUGAAAUCUGGAUGGGCGCGAAACUGCUCGGUGAUGAAUCUAGUCGCGAGAACAUUUCCCCCCAUGAUAGGUAGUUUCUAUACAUGAGAAGCCAGCAAAAAUUCGGUCUAUGUUGUUGCCAUUUGGACCUUUUCUUUGAAUGUAAAGAACAUGAGUAGAAACCCUUCCAUUCCAGCGACUGACCCUUUCGGUAUCUGGUUCGGUAUCCGUUGCCGAACGUUGCUGUAUUUCCCAAUGCUGCGACUGUCGUGGACUUCUUCAUCAUCAUAGCCAGCCAAUCUCUUGCUCGCCAUUUACAAAAAAAGGCAUUGUCGGGUAUGAAGACCACCAGAUAGCAGCAAGAAACCCAUCGAUUCCGGAAUACGCUGUCCCUCAGAUAGACCUCUUGUUCGACCUUUUCCGAGGAUUCCCUCCCUCCCUCAUUAAUCCUCCUUCUUCUUCUCCCCCAACUCAAUCCCCAACUCCUCCAAAUACUCACUCACAACCUGCACAAUCACCCCAUGAUCCUGUUCCUGCUUCAACCCACUCACCACAAUCACCGCCACAACCCCUUCAACACCUUGCACUCUAACCGGCCAACCCCCACCAUGAAUCGCAUAUUCCCCCGCCUUUUCCAUCCCCAGCCCAAAUUUCGCCGCAAAAGCCCCCUCGUCCCCCGAGAAUUUAUUGUGCAUCCACCAUGUGGAAGCUCCAAACCUCAAGACCGUGUUGCGUUUGCGAAGCACCCAGGUGUCGUUGUCCGGGGCUGUGCCGGAGUGGGUUACGGCGUGGAAGAGACAGUGCGUGGAGUGUGCGAGACUGAUGUCUAUGACUGUGGGUUUGGAAAAGGCGAGGAGGCGCGUGCGGAGGAGGGAGCCGAGGACCCAGGCGGUGUGGGCUGUGAAGGUGGGGAAGGUGAGGGCGUUGUCGAUGGCGGAGAUUUCUUCGAGGGCGCGAGGGGGGAGGGGGAUGGUGGGUUCGGUGGACAUGGUUUUUGUUGUUGUUGUU